AGAGAGAGAGAGAAUUUUCCGCGAAGUCACUUUCCACGCGUGGAAACGUGCCGUAGCACGCGUAACAUCGAUCUGCCACACGACUCCGGUACGUCGCGUACGUGCGACUCGUGCGAAUAAUCUUCCUACUACGUAUAUCUUCUCUCGUCUGACAGGUUAACCUCAAAUCUCAAGCGCACGCGGCGUUAACACACGCGUUUGCCUCGCCGCACUCGGCGCACCUGCGAACGCGUCAACACCCUUUUUUCACCUUUUCUACUUCUCUUUUUUCUUUCUUUUUAUUCUCUCUUUCUCUCUUUCUCUCUCCCUCUCUUUUUCUUUCAUUAUCUAUCUUUUUAUCUCUCUCUCUAUCUCUCUCUUUCUUUUUAUUUAGUUGGCGCGCUUUCGCACGACCGAUCAUUCCAAUCUAACCUCCAAUCAUAUUCUCGAGAGACGUUGUGUGCCUCGUCGUGAAAUUUCGGACAUUUUCAUAACUUCUUCCUUUCGAUAAAUCGAUCUCUCUCUCUCUCUCUCUCUCUGUCUCUCUCUCUCUUUUUCUCCCUCUCUUUUUCUCUCUAUCUCUCUUUUUAUCUCUCUCUCUCUCUCUCUUUCUCUCUUUACUCGAAAGGACACGUGAUUUUUCUUAAGAAGUUCACGACAGUUAGUUAGGACAAGGGAUCAACGUUGAAAGGAAUAAACGUCAACAUAAGGAACACCAGAAGCAGCAGCAACAACAACAAAAUGGGUCUACUCGUGUAUUCCUGAGUUGGAAAGUUUGAAGGUGCCCGUUACUGGUUGUCGUCGUCGUCGUCAUCGUCGUCGUCAUCGUCGUCGUCGUCGUCGUCGUCGGAUAUCGUCACAUUUUGGAUCUCGAGAUAUCGUCGACUAGCAUAAUGGUCGUCUGUUUAUGACAAAUCUGGCGUUGCUUUUAAGUCCGGGUAUUUGUCCGGAUACGCGGACGGCUUUGUCCCCCGGUUCAUAUCGAAGUUUAUUGGAAGUGAUAAAGGAAGGAAGGAAAGAAAGAAAGAAAGAAAGAAGGGUGGACUUGUAGAGAAGAGAGUGAGAGAGAGAAAGAAAGAAAAAAAGAGAGGAGGGAGAGAGAGAGAGAGAAAGAGAGAGAGAGCUCGACGUACAAUAUUAUUAUAUUCCGUUUGGAUUCUUUGAAAUCUCUUAUCCAAAGUGGCUAAGAGCGUAAGUCCCCGUCGAGUGCACCAAGAGUGCUCCGGGGUGGAGGCGCAGGUGCAGGUGCAGCAAGAGAGGCGAGCACCGAGGCGCAUGCCUCACCUGGGGCCUGACAUGACAACCCGGCUGUCCGCCAUGUUUUACACGGUCGAGGUCGGGGACACCAAGUUCACCAUUCUCAAGCGAUACCAAAAUCUCAAACCAAUUGGUUCUGGUGCUCAGGGAAUCGUCUGCGCUGCAUACGACACGGUCACGGCGCAAAAUGUGGCGAUUAAGAAAUUGUCAAGACCUUUUCAAAACGUGACACACGCUAAGAGAGCCUACAGAGAGUUCAAACUCAUGAAAUUGGUCAAUCACAAAAACAUAAUCGGUCUUUUGAACGCAUUUACGCCGCAACGAUCGUUGGACGAGUUUCAAGAUGUGUAUUUGGUGAUGGAGCUUAUGGACGCGAAUCUGUGUCAGGUGAUCCAAAUGGAUCUGGAUCAUGAACGUAUGUCUUAUCUGCUUUACCAAAUGCUAUGUGGUAUCAAGCAUUUGCACUCUGCUGGUAUCAUUCAUAGGGAUCUAAAACCAAGCAAUAUCGUCGUCAAGUCCGAUUGUACGUUAAAAAUUCUUGACUUUGGUCUGGCGAGGACUGCCGGGACAACGUUUAUGAUGACACCAUACGUGGUAACGCGGUAUUACCGAGCGCCAGAGGUGAUAUUAGGUAUGGGAUAUAAGGAAAACGUGGACAUUUGGUCAGUAGGAUGUAUCAUGGGUGAAAUGAUCAGAGGUGGUGUACUUUUUCCUGGUACGGAUCACAUCGAUCAAUGGAAUAAAAUAAUCGAGCAACUGGGGACUCCAGCGCAGGAAUUCAUGCAACGGUUGCAACCAACGGUAAGGAAUUAUGUGGAGAACAGACCACGAUAUCCUGGAUAUCCAUUCGACAGGCUAUUCCCGGACGUUUUAUUUCCCUCCGACUCAUCGGAGCAUAAUAGAUUAAAGGCGAGCCAGGCUAGGGAUCUAUUGUCGCGCAUGCUCGUCAUCGACCCAGAACGACGCAUAUCCGUCGACGACGCGUUGCUUCACAAUUAUAUAAACGUCUGGUACGACGAGGGUGAAGUAAAUGCCCCUGCCCCCGGUCCAUACGAUCACAGCGUGGACGAGAGGGACCACGGUGUUGAUCAAUGGAAGGAGCUGAUCUAUCAAGAGGUCAUGGAAUACGAGACAAGCCAUAAUUCAGCAGCGGUCGCUCAGCCGUCAGAAAGUGCUGGCUCCCGGUAGAUACAGCGAAACUUGUUGGUCAUCGCAGAUUUUCUCUUAAUCAGAGAGAGAGACUUGUAUAAGAGAGUUAACAAAUGAGAUAGAGGAGGAAAUAAAUAUAAGUAGGCUGCUACUGGA